UGCGCGUCUCGGCUGCGGAAGCUGGACGGCGGCGGCUCGGCGGGCGCGGUCGGUGGCCCGGGGCGCGCGCUGGGGGCCAUGGAGUUCACGGCGUCGGCCAAGCCGCAGCUCUCCUCCCGGGCCAACGCCUUCUCCAUCGCCGCGCUCAUGUCGAGCGGCGGCUCCAAGGAGAAGGAGGCCGCCGAGAACACCAUCAAACCCCUGGAACAAUUUGUUGAGAAGUCAUCCUGUGCCCAGCCCCUGGGCGAACUGACCAGCCUGGAUGCUCACGGGGAGUUUGGUGGUGGGGGCAGCAGUAGCAGCCCUUCCUCCUCCUCUCUGUGUACUGAGCCGCUCAUCCCCACCACCCCGAUCAUCCCCAGUGAGGAAAUGGCCAAAAUUGCCUGCAGCCUGGAGACUAAGGAGCUCUGGGACAAAUUCCACGAGCUAGGAACAGAGAUGAUCAUCACCAAAUCGGGCAGGAGGAUGUUUCCCACCAUCCGAGUAUCAUUUUCCGGCGUGGAUCCUGAUGCCAAAUACAUAGUCCUGAUGGACAUCGUCCCCGUGGACAACAAGAGGUACCGCUACGCCUACCACCGGUCCUCCUGGCUGGUGGCUGGCAAAGCAGACCCGCCGCUGCCAGCCAGGCUGUAUGUACACCCAGACUCUCCUUUUACUGGUGAGCAGCUACUCAAGCAGAUGGUGUCUUUUGAAAAGGUGAAACUCACCAACAAUGAACUGGAUCAGCAUGGCCAUAUAAUUUUGAACUCAAUGCACAAGUACCAGCCACGGGUGCACAUCAUUAAGAAGAAAGACCACACAGCCUCAUUGCUCAAUCUGAAGUCUGAAGAAUUCAGAACAUUCAUCUUCCCAGAGACCGUUUUCACAGCAGUCACUGCCUACCAGAAUCAGCUGAUAACCAAGCUGAAAAUAGAUAGCAACCCUUUCGCCAAAGGAUUCCGGGACUCCUCCAGGCUCACUGACAUUGAGAGGGAAAGUGUGGAGAGCCUGAUCCAGAAGCAUUCCUAUGCCCGCUCACCCAUCCGUACCUAUGGAGGAGAAGAGGAUGUGCUGGGGGAGGAGGUUCAGACAACACAGAAUCGAGGGUCAGCCUUUACAACGUCUGAUAAUUUGUCUCUCAGCUCCUGGGUAUCAUCUUCAUCCAGUUUUCCUGGCUUUCAGCACCCCCAGUCCCUGACUGCUCUUGGCACCAGCACAGCAUCCAUAGCAACACCCAUUCCUCACCCUAUCCAGGGUUCAUUGCCACCAUAUAGCCGACUUGGGAUGCCUCUGACACCAUCGGCCAUUGCCAGCUCCAUGCAGGGUAGUGGCCCGACGUUCCCCUCAUUCCACAUGCCCCGGUACCAUCACUACUUCCAGCAGGGUCCCUAUGCUGCUAUCCAAGGACUGCGCCAUUCCUCUGCUGUGAUGACACCAUUUGUAUGA